AAGGCGGCCCUUUCCUUUCGGUGUCUUGCGCUGCGGCGGCGGCGGCGACACGGUCCUAGCCCCCCUCCUUCCCCCUCUACGGCCUCUCCCGAGCCAGUGUUCCCAGCAUGGCAGACGCUGCGAUUUCUUUCCUGAAGGACUUCCUGGCCGGCGGCGUCGCGGCGGCCAUCAGCAAGACGGCCGUGGCGCCCAUUGAGCGGGUCAAGCUGUUGCUUCAGGUGCAACAUGCAAGCAAGCAAAUUGCUGUUGACAAACAGUACAAAGGAAUAAUCGAUUGUGUAGUGCGCAUUCCUAAAGAGCAAGGAUUUCUGUCUUUCUGGCGUGGGAAUUUUGCCAAUGUUAUCAGAUACUUCCCAACUCAGGCUCUCAACUUUGCAUUCAAGGAUAAGUAUAAGCAAGUGUUUCUUGGAGGAGUAGACAAGCACACACAGUUCUGGAGGUAUUUUGCUGGUAACCUGGCUUCUGGUGGUGCCGCUGGAGCAACCUCUCUCUGCUUUGUCUAUCCUUUGGAUUUUGCAAGAACCCGUCUGGCUGCUGAUGUUGGAAAAGCUGGUGCUGACAGAGAAUUCUCAGGUCUAGGGGACUGCCUAGUCAAAAUCUUCAAGUCUGAUGGCCUGCGUGGCUUAUAUCAAGGUUUCAAUGUUUCUGUCCAGGGCAUAAUCAUCUAUAGAGCUGCCUAUUUUGGGAUCUAUGACACAGCAAAAGGUAUGCUCCCAGAUCCUAGGAACACUCACAUUGUGAUUAGCUGGAUGAUUGCACAAACAGUGACUGCAGUCGCUGGUGUGGUCUCUUAUCCCUUCGACACAGUCCGACGUCGAAUGAUGAUGCAGUCUGGGCGUAAAGCAGGUGAGAUCAUGUACACAGGAACAAUUGACUGUUGGAAGAAGAUUGCAAGGGAUGAAGGUGGAAAAGCAUUCUUCAAGGGUGCAUGGUCUAAUGUUCUUCGAGGCAUGGGUGGUGCCUUUGUGCUUGUAUUGUAUGAUGAGUUCAAGAAAGUAAUCUAAAAAACCUUGCUAAAUUGUAAGUUAAGUUGACAGAUCACAUAGAAAACUUGCCAUUAUGGACCAUUGACCUUCAAAGAAAUUCCUGUGCAAACCCUUAUUUAUCGGGGCCAGAUCAUGUUUAAGUAGGACUAGAAAUUGCGUUCAGUGAACAGACACAUUUUGAAAGAGCAUUAUUCAGGCAUUGAAACAGACAGUUCAGCUCACUAGAUUUGUCUGUUUUGAGUAUUGCAGUGGUAACAAUUCAGGGUCCAAGACAGUUGAUCUACAGUUUUCUGGAGAUCAGGUGAAAGUUUCAAGUCCUAUCUUACAGGACCAUAAAAUCAUGUUUUGAGAAGUAUUUGUUUAACAAAUCAUGUCUUUCCACUUUUACUUUAAGCACUAUGUACUGUUUUUCGCAGCUGAGCAUUUAGCAUUUGUGCUCUCAAAUUUGGGGCAUUCCAUGAAACAAUAAAUAUUAACUCUGUGUGGAAUUUACUGUUACACCUUGCUUGACAUGCAUGACUUGCCUUGCAACGCAGGCUGUUGGCUUCAGGCAGCACUGUUGCAGGCCAGGAGUGAGUGGGUGGGUGGAAAUGCAAUCAGGAAUUGGUGAAGACUUACCUGCUGCUCCUGUGUUUUGGAGGAGCGACUUAAUUUGGGCUGCACUCCGGGGAGUGGAAUAUCUUGUAGUAGCACUUCCAACGUUGCACUCCACCACAGGAUAUCUUAAUAUGUAGACACUUCCAUGUUGUAAAUGCAGUCUAUUUGGGAUUUGGUUCAGAAAGUCUGACUACCUUUAGGAAACGUAUCCAGAAUAGUUUGACCUAGGCCCUGAGGAUCAUGUUCUGAAUGUUGAGAAAACCGAAGUUGCAAAUAAAAUGCUAAUAAAAUGAUUUGCAAUUAUUUCUGUAAUUGGACUGAUAAUAAGCAGCUUGUCAAAGCAUGGCAAUAACAGGUAGCUGCUACAAAUGUUUUCGUAUUGUCAAAUGAUCAAAAUAGAUUAAAUCAUGCUUCAGAAAAAGCAUUUCUAUAAA